AUGAACAGGAAUGGGGGGAGAAGUGAGAGUGAGAAACAUAAUCGGCCAAUUUUUAGGGAUUUCUCGGGAAUUACUAGCGUGAUUGACAAAUUGAAGCAGGAGGUGGUUCGGCCACUGCAUCAGCUGAAGCUGCUGCGCCACCUCGGAGUCGAGCCUGCGUCCCGAAUUCUGCUGCAUGGGCCACCCAAGUGUGGGAAGACCAUGUUGGCCCGAGCCGUUGCCAAUGAGGCCAGAUUGCCAUUGUUCGAGAUCUCUGUUGCUCAAUUGAUGCGCAGUGGUGCAGCAGAAGAAAAGAUCCAAAGAUUGUUCUCCACAGCAUACAUGAGAGCACCAUCUGUUGUGCUCAUUGAUGAAAUUGAUGCGAUGACUUCAGUAAAGAAAAGCACACUGAAGGAAGUAGAGUAUCGCAUAGUGGAUCAGUUGAUGGCUUUUAUGGAUGGGCGAGACAGACCUAGCGGACCAGUAAAUGACGAUGUUAGUUUUGAAAGUUCUAAUAGUACACCUGGCUAUGUGCUGGUGAUUGGAGCCACCAAUAGGCCUGAUACUCUUGACACUGUCUUAAGGCGUCUGUUUGAUCGUGAAUUUUAUUUAGGUGUUCCGGAUGAAUGUGAAAGGUUUGACAUUAUGUCAGCUCUAACGCGUAAUCUUAAGGUUGAAGUUGGUUUUGAUCCCUUGAAAUUAGCUAGGGCCACUAUGGGUUAUGUAGCAGGAGAUUUGGUAGCUCUAGCAAAAAAGGCUGGUAUGCUUGCUGUGCAUAGUAUCAUGGGCAAGAGAAAUUCAGAGUAUCUUAAAGAACCGAGGCUCAUGGUGGAAGAUGAAGAAUGUUACACGCAGCCAUUUUGUGAUGAAGAAUUGGAGAACCUUAGCAUAACCAUGAAACACUUUGUGCAAGCUGGUAAGAUGGUUCAGCCGUCUGCUAUUAUGAAAGAUUUUUUCACCACACUAUAUGCAAAGUGGGAUGAUGUUGGAGGUCUUGAAGCAUUGAAAUUGGAGUUUGUACGCCGUGUAGUUAAAGCGAUAAAGUAUCCUCGAGUUUAUGAGAUGCAAUAUUGUCAAUCCCGUAUGGCGGCUUAUGAAAGUCCGCCCGAAAACCGCCGCAGGGAUAAUGGCGUAUCGGUAUGGCGGGAUGUGGCUGUCAAUAAUUAA